AUGUGCUUUUUUUCUUUUACUGUAAUUCAGGAAGAUUAUGUAACGUCUAUGUUACAAAGUAAGCGAAUCGAUAUUAGAAUACACAUAUAUUUCUGUGAACCAGAAUCACAGUCAAAUUAUCUGUGUAAUUUUGUUAGCAUUUACAAAUCUCUCUUUCUCCCUUUCUCUCUCUCUCUUUCUCCCUUUCUCUCUCUUUCUCCCUUUCGCUCUCUCUUUCUCCCUUUCUCUCUCUCUUUCUGCCUUUCUCUCUCUUUCUCCCUUUCUCUCUCUUUCUCACUUUCUCUCUCUCUUCCUCCCUUCCUCCCUUUCUCACUCUUUCUCUCCCUUUCUCUCUCUCUCUUUCUCUCCCUUUCUCUCUCUCUCUUUCUCUCUCUCUCUCUCUCUCACACACACACACACACACACACACUUCUAUCUGCCGUGCACGUUUGCAAUUAUGUGAUGGUUAACGUGAUGAAGACAAUGCAGUUGAAAACGAGUUUGUCAGAAAAGCGUGUCUUAUUAAACGCGGAAGAAAAGCUUCCCAUUAUUAGUUGA